AUGCCUUCGCACGAACACAAAGCAUGCCACGCGCCGAGCAACGCCGACUUGGGUCACCCGCUUUCUAUCAACGAGCUCCCGAACAGUGUUGCUUCUCACGCGUCAAUACAUACCCCGGGCCCUCCUCUACCUCCGCAACGCCCUUCUCCCACUAUUGCUUCAUUUCAGAGGAAUCAUGCAUCCUUGGUCCAAGAUCCUACGGGCACCAAGAGUUCUAUCUCACGAGCCGCUUCAAUGAUAUCUCUUCCUGGGGUAUCAUCUUCAGUCAAAAUCCGUGCACCGGUCUAUCAUCUUUCGUCGCAGAGGUCCUUGGGCUCAAUUCAAAAUUUGGACUCCGACAAUCCAGAAGAUAUCACCCGAGUUGCUCCCUCUAUUCGCACUUUCCACACGCAUAAUCCUUUACCAACAGACGCCGAGACACAAGCGCAGCUGGCUUGGCUAGGGUAUAGACAAGAACUUUUUCGUGACUGGAAUUUUUGGUCAUCAUUAUCGUUGUCAUGUUUGAACAUCGGUACUAUACCUGGCUCUGCUAUAGGGAUGAUCACCGCAAUGUCCUGGGGUGGACCAUCAGUUAUAUUUUGGGGAUACUUGUUGGGAAUGGCCGUGAUGAUUUGCCUCAGUGCAGUGAUUGCGGAAAUGUCAUCCGCUUUUCCUGCCGCUGGAGCAAUGUUAACCUGGACAUUUAAGCUUGCACGGGCGAACCCUCAACUGAGAGAUUGGGCGAGAUUUAUCAGCUGGCUCAUAGGGACACUUCUCUUUUUCGCUCAUGUGGUCAUUCAGGUCGCUCUAACUUCACAAUUUACCUCAUUGAUUAUCAGUACGUUUAUUGGGGCUGGCGUCAAAUGGAAAGUAGAAGGGUGGCAAAAGUUUCUCAUCAAUGCAGGAUACCUUAUCGGUUGUGGCUUCUCCGUCUCGACGUCUACUGCUCGCUCACCUAAACUCUGGAUCACCCUUGGCGUCUUUGCGAUUUGCCUUUAUUUGAUUCUCUGUCUUACUCUCAUCCUCACCUCCAACGCUAAGGUGGAAUUCCCAGACAUGUUCAACCGGUUCGAAAAUGAUACAGAUUUUGACAGCGAUGGAUUCGUAUUCUUCAUGGGUUGGUCUCUGGUAUCAUUGGCUUUUGGGGCCGAAGCAUCAGCGCAUCUAGCCGAAGAAACCAAACAGCCCGCUUCAAAUGUGCCCAAAGCCCUCUUCUACAGUACUUUGAUUAGUUACGUCCUAGGCUGCAUAUUAAAUGUCGUCCUAUCCGCUACUCUACCGCCACUUGAGGAUCGCUCGAUGUUAAGGACACAUUUAGUGGAUUUGAUAUUCGCACAUUGCCCUCGACCGGCGGCGCUAUUAAUUUUGUGCUGUCUCUUAAUUUUAAUGUUUCUUGAAGACGUUGCUCAGUUAUUUUCCGCAAGUCGAUUUACAUGGGCCAUGGCUCGAGAUCGUGGAUUUCCUUUUGCACAUGUUUGGCGUAAAGUCAGCACUGAACAUCGCAUUCCUCGAAUGGCCACAGGCUUACUGGUUGGAUGUAGUAUCCUUGCUGCUGCGGUAAUCAACAUCAAAGCAAACAUUUUCACAGAAUCUUUGAUCACGUCGGCUAGCUAUUUACUUCUUAUUUGUUAUCUCGUACCAGUUGCGAUAUACUUAUGCUGCGACAAGGACGUCCUUCAGUACGAUGGAAGGAAUGUGUGGAAUCUCCGUGGUUUGAGCCGGCCUUGUGCUUGGAUCAGUCUUAUUUUUCUGACAUUUGCACUUUGUCUGAUGGCUUGUCCGACCGGUUUACCCAUCAGCGCAGCUACCUGGUCAUGGUCACCUCUCUUUCUUGUUGCUGUAACCGCGUGGGGUACCGCUACCUGGAUGAUAUAUGGUCAGGAUCGUUAUGUGGGGCCGGUCAAAUCGAUCACACUGUGGACAACAGGCCAAGAGGUCGAGUUUCCUUACAAGAAGACAACCACAAAAUUAACCACUCAAGCACCCAAGGCUGGUGAAACGACGGAUAUUCAAAUUCACACGGCUACUGUCCCAGAAAGACGACAAGUAAGUGGCGAUGAAGAAGAAGAGGUUCGAACUGUUGCCGAAGAUCCCAGCGAUGUUUAUAGUACUCAUAUCACUAGCAAUAGCUCUUGGCUUGGUACAAGUGUAGGCGGAACUGAAAUAGGGAGAUAG